AUGUGCGGCGACAUUAACGACCGAGUCAUGAAACACCUUCAAUCUUCAUUUAGACCCAAGACUGAUGCCCUAGUGGUUGUGGGUAAAAGGUUAGCCUCUCACCUAUCUUCUGGAUUCGGGGACAAGAUCAUGAUCGCUAUGAGUAGUGAAAUGAGACCUAAGGAUUCAAGAAACAAUCUUAGGGAUAUAGUGAAAAAUGUGUUUGAUACCUUCAUGAACGAGAACUAUCAGAGGCUGUCCAUUCUUUAUGUGAAAGAUCACAAGUCCGGAACACUGGACAAAGUUACGGUUCUUCCCUUUAGGGAAGAUUACUUUGAGGGAAGGAAGAAGGUUUUUGUCAAGACAUGGGACCAUAAGAUGUCCUAUCCAAACGCUAUUUUUGAUUUGUUCCCGCAGUAUUUGGAGUGCAUCUUCCUUUCUGCCGUAAUUAAUUCAAAACUUGGAGAGCAUUCGGUGCGUAGAGAGAUGAUGCACAACGCCACCAAGAACGCUACAGAGCUUUUGGAUGGAUAUAAACUUUUGUUUAAUAAAAUGCGACAAUCAAGCAUUACCCAAGAGAUUACAGAGAUAGUGGUGGCGUCCAAAUUCAAAAAGAAAAAGUAA